AUGGCGACUCCUUCUUCUCCGGUGAAUCUGUGGGUAGUCUUAUCGGAAUCGAAACGUAUAAUCAACGCUCACGCACGUCACUUCCUUGCUCUCUCCGUCCUCUUCCUUCUUCCAAUCUCCUUCUCCGUCACAGUCUACCCUUCCGUCAUCCGCUUCAUUACCGAUCAAUCCACCGUCUCUUUCCUCCGCUCCGGCGACGACGACCAACAACCCCCUGUUCCCGAUUUCAAGAUGGUGGCUCUGCUUCUGAUUGCUUACGUCAUCAUCGUCACCGUCCUCAAUCUCUUAGCUAUUGGAUCAAUCGCUUAUAGCGUAUUCCAAGGAUUAUGUGGAAGACCUGUGAAGUUGAUCUCAGCUGUGAAAUCAAGCUUAUCUUCGUUUUUCUCUCUUCUCGCUACUCUAAUCACUACGUUCCAAGUCAAUUGGAUUCUCUCUUGGGUUGUCGUUGUUGUUGAAUCCGUUUGGGGUUUAACUCCAUUGAAGAGAAGCAAAAGCUUGACUAAAGGAAUGAGAAGUGUUUCUUUGUCUAUAAUCUUCUUCUUUCGUGUUACACAAUCGGUUAUUGGCUGGAUUAGCAAAGCAGCAGCCUCUGCUCCGAUCGAAAAUGGCGAAAUUGGGUGGACAAACGCCUUCUUCGUGCUUCAAAUCCUGGUUAUGUCUGCGUUGCUAACGCUUUCGACGCUGUAUAAUCUUGCUUCAAUCACCGUGAUGUAUAUGCAUUGUAAAGCUAUUCAAGGAGAGCUUGCUUUGGAGAUUGCAGAAGAGUUUGCCUUUUGA